AUGUCAGAAGGACUCUCCUCGGCCUUCUCCAGCCUGAACCCCUUCAGGAAGGCCAGUCCAGCCCAGGACGAAGGCGGCGAGGAGGUCGACAACACGACCAUUGCAGGAGGAGGUCAUUCGAUCCGCGCACGCGAUCCCCUCCGCGUCAGCCAUGCGCUCAAGUCCUUCCUCCUGGCCGAGGGCGAACUCAGCCCCGACGACCUGGAAGAUGACACCGAGGAAAAUCCAAGCCAGGUCCUGCAGGCGCUCGCAGACAAACCGCACAUCAACGUGCCGGACGAGGUCGUCGACAGGUCGUACCCGCUGCCCGAGUACUUCAUCAGCUCAUCGCACAACACUUAUCUGAUGGCGCACCAGCUGUACGGGACCUCGUCGGCAGCGGCGUACGAAAACACGCUGCGGGCUGGGGCACGAUGCGUCGAGAUUGACGCCUGGGACGAGGAGACCGACGCGAACGAGCCCAAAGUCACACAUGGCUACACGCUGGUCUCGCACAUUCCGUUCCGCUCCGUGUGUGAGACAAUCCGAGAUAUGGUCGAUGAAGAAGAACGAGAAGCGCAGCAGCAGAGGGGAGCGGGAGGAGGAAGCCGUCCAGCGCCCGUCCUAGUGUCUCUGGAGAACCACUGCGACGUCCACGGCCAGCAGAGGCUGGUGGAGAUCAUGAAAGAGGUCUGGGGCGAGCGCCUGCUGAGCCAGGCCGUGCGGGCCAAGGGCCACCAGGAGCAGGAAGGGGGCGAGCACGUCACACUGGAAGACCUCGGGUCCAAGAUUGUGCUGAUUGUCGAGUAUCACAUGCAGGGCGAGAAGGACAUGUCCGACUCCAGCCCCAGCGAUGACGACGACGACGACGACCCGUCAAAAGAAGAAGAAGGCGUGGACAGACAAGCCCUUCGAGCCUACAAUGACAAGAGAAAGGUCACAGGCGCCGGUGCCAUCAUCUCAGAGCUCGCCGAGCUGGGCGUCUACGCGCAGUCCGUCAAGCCCAUCGACAACACCUGGUUCGAGGCCAUCACCCUCAAGAACGGGCCGCGCCACCACCUCAUCAACAUGUCCGAGACGGGCCUGUUGUCCCUCAUGCCAGAACACACCCCCAAGAUCGGCGCCCACAACGCCCACCACCUCAUGAGGGUGUAUCCCAAGGGCACGCGCAUCUCCUCCAACAACAUGAAGCCCGUGCCCUUCUGGGGUCUGGGCGCGCAGAUCUGUGCCCUCAACUGGCAGACGUUCGGCCUGAGCCUGCAGCUCAACGAGGCCCUGUUCGCCGGCACGGACGGCUACGUGCUGAAGCCCGCCUCUCUGCGCCGCGGCGGCAACGGUUCCGCCACGACAGGCCGCCAGAAGCGUCUGCGCGUGCACGUUGCCGGCGCCACUGCUGUGCCCCUGCCAGACGGCCGCACCGCAGACGACAUCAAGCCCUACGUGACGGCCACGCUGUACCACCCCAGCGACGCGCACGCCAGCAACGACGCAGCCGCCAGCAAGCGCAGGACCCGCGCCUACCGGCAGCACAAGCUGGGCUUCCUGCACCACGGCGAAAACCCGCCGCGCACCGAUCCCGUGUGGGACGAGACGCUCGAGUGGGAGUACGAGGACAGCGAGCUGGUGUUUCUGCGCAUCCUGAUCAAGAGCGACGAUGCGUUUGCUGUGAACCCUGUGUUUGCCAUCUCCACGGUGCGCAUCCUGUAUGCCGCGCCGGGGUGGAGUUUUAUACGCAUGUUGGAUUUGAAGGGCCGUGAGACAAAGUGUUCUUUGCUUGUCAAGUUUACCGUGGUGGAUGUGGAAUAG